UUUGUAACAAUAUUACUCCGCAUCAUCAUCAUCAUCAUCACCAUCAUCAUCACCACCACCAACUUCUGGAGAUUUGGCCUCUUUAUUUCGUUGUAUUUUUUUAAAAUAAACUUGUCUCGUUUUUUGUAUACGCCUUGGUGCUGUUCUGCGGUCGCGCUACAGAAUAAAUUGUAUAUUAUUGCAAUGCGGUCGUUGCUGCAAUUGAUGAUGAUUAUUGGCCUUAUUGGGUCAAUUUUAAUCACCGAAGGAUAUGCUGAACGUCGACGUAAUAAACAACGUCGUAGAACAACAACAACAGAAGUAGCAUAUGAAAAAGAUAUGAAUAUACUUGGUGAUGAGGAGCUAAAUGAUGAAGCUGCUGCAAGUUCAUCUGAAGAAAAUGAUUCUGUUUUACGAAUGGAUCCAUGUAUGGACAAGCAUUGUGGUGCUGGUAAAAUUUGCAAGACAAAUGGAGCUGGUAAUGCUGGAUGUGUUUGUAUUGAUAAUUGUAAUGAAGAAUCAGAUCCACGUCGUAAAGUUUGUACAAAUCACAAUGUAACAUUUGGCAGUGAUUGUGAAGUUUAUCAGGCAAGAUGUUUUUGUGAUAGUGGUGAUUCAAGAUGUCGUAGUCCAGAAUUUCAACAUGUUCAUAUUGAAUAUUAUGGCGAGUGUCGUCAAAUGCCUUCAUGUAAAGAAGAAGAUUUGAUUGAUUUUCCAAGACGUAUGAGAGAUUGGUUGUUCAACAUAAUGCGUGAUUUAGCUGAUCGUCAUGAAUUACCAUCUCAUUAUUUAAAAAUGCAACGUGAGGCUGAAACGAAUAUGACAUUACGUUGGACAAAUUCAGCAAUAUGGAAAUGGUGUGAUCUUGAUGGACAUCCACAUGAUCGUACUGUAUCACGUCAUGAACUAUUUCCAAUACGUGCACCAUUGAUGGCACUUGAACAUUGCAUUGCACCAUUUUUAAAUAAUUGUGAUGCUGACAAUGAUCACAAAAUAACACUCAAAGAAUGGGGCAAAUGUUUACAGCUUGAUGAGGAUGAUCUAGAUGACAAGUGUGACGAGUUGGCUGAAGCUGCAAAUGCACAAUAAUUUAUUUUAUUUAUAUUGAUAGAAAUACAAUCAUCAAUAUCAUCAACAUUAUAUUUUAAUGAUCUAUAAAUUAUAUAUAUAUUAAUAUAUUAUCAAUACUCAAAAAUAUAUAUUUGAUUUUUUUUUUAUACACAAUGUGCUAUUUAUAAUAAUAUGCAAAAUAAAUGUUGAUAAAAAAAAUACAACAUAUCUAUUUUAUGGUGUCAAUUAUUAUCAAUAUUAUUAUUAAUUAAUUGUCUAUUUAAAUUUAUUUUAUAUCAAUAAAUAUAAAUUAUAAUCAAA